GUUACGUUAAAUGUUUCGAUUGGGCUGCUUCUGUCCCUUUCGAUGCCUCAUGCUCUUCUAGUCUAGUCGUUGGCAAAAAUGAAGUUUGUGAUUUUCCACCGGCCUCUUCUGUCUUGCAAAAGGAGCUUUACUUGUCUGAAUCAGGCAGUUUGGGGACUCCGGGAGAAAGGGCUCCGUUUUGUCUUGAUCUGUCCCAACUCUGCAAAGGGCAAGGCUGCCCGCCCCAAAGAAGGAAAAAGUUCUGGUUACUGUGCAAAACAGAUCCCGGUCCUCUGCGAUCGGUCUUUGAAGAUCGAGUCUGUUCUUGAUUUCUUUUUAUCCCUUUCCGCCUCUGUCGUCGGAGAGCCACAAAUGAGCCGGAGGAGCACCCGAAAGACUCUCCGCUUCGGCAUCACCGAAGCGCUUCCCCGCUGCAAGAUCCGUGGGUCUGUUUUUAGAAAAAGAGCGCGCAUGCCUCAACCACCGGCACAGCUGCUCCGCCCCCUUGCACACUCACACAGCGCACACACAAACACACAAACGCCCCGUGGAGGCGUUCGGCCUGCAGCCGCUACUGCAAAACUGAAAGCAUGGCUUUGUUGGAAGCGGCGGCUGCCCGGGGGCUCUUUCUGCUGCCCCGGAUCGUGCUUUUCGGAGACUCCAUUACUGAGAAAAUGUGAUGUUUUGAAUCGUGGACUCUCUGGCUACAACACCAGAUGGGCUAAAAUUGUUCUUCCAAGAUUAAUCAACAAAGACCAUAAUGCUGGAAACACCCUGGCAGUAACUAUCUUCUUUGGAGCAAAUGACAGUGCUUUAAAGGAUGAGAACCCCAGACAGCAUGUUCCACUGGAGGAGUAUGCUGACAAUUUGAAAAGUAUGAUAUGCUACCUCAACUCUGUGGACAUUUCCAAACAGGACAUUAUAUUAGUGACUCCACCACCCCUUCACGAACCUAGUUGGGAAAGAGAGUGUGUUGCUAAAGGUGACAAAUUAAAUCGUCUAAAUUCUGUCACUGGGAGAUACGCAAAGGUUUGUGUUAAAGUAGCUGAAGAAUGUGGCACUGAUGUCAUUGACCUGUGGACACUUAUGCAAAAAGGAGACCCGGACUUCUCCUGUUACCUGGCAGAUGGAAUCCAUUUAUCAGAAAAAGGAAAUAUUUUUCUAGCAAACCAGCUUUGGACACUCCUAGAAAAGAAAUUGUCAACCCUUCCUCAGUUGCUUCCCUGCUGGCGUGAUGUAGAUCUUCUCCACCCUGAAGCUAGUCUCCUGGACAUCCCCACUGCUAGGAAGUAAUAAAAAGAAUAACAUCCAUAAGUUUUGUAGAUAGAAAAUAAAAUUUCCUUUUUUUCACAAUCA